GGCCAAUCCAAUCGUUGUUCAUGUGGCUGCUCAGUCUUAGCCGGCAGGCAGAGCUGAGAUUCAAUACGAUGUAUUCGAGAUCUAGCUCUGGUUCCAGCGUGUGUUUUUACCGCUGCGCCACCUGAGCGGCAUACCACUGUGACUUCUGAAUUCAGGGGCAAAGGAAUCAAGCCGGUACCACCACAAAAGCACUCAUCCACUUGUGACUAUGAGUAAACACCAGCUCAUCUGACCAUAUCACUUUUCCCUACAUUUCUGUAUGCCAGUGACUUUGUUGUGGUGCUGCAUUUGUAUAUUCAUUCAUUGUCUGUUUUACUACUGCUUUAUCCUAUUCAGGGUGGCAGUGGGUCCAGUUUACUGGGCAAAUGUAGGAAACCCACAGAGACCCACAAAUAUCUUUGGAGAAAAUCGGAGCUCUCGGAGGAAACCCAAGCAGAAACAGGGAUAACAUGAAAACUCCACACAGAAAGGAAUCGAACCCAGGAUCUUCUUGCUGUAAGGUGAAGCAGAUGAUACCACACAGGUCAGGAGGAGGGGACAGCGGCGAGAUGAAGAAACAGAAGAUGAAGGAGAUGUGUAAGGGGAGGGAUGAAAUUAGAAGUGAGGGAUAUUUAAGACCUCGGGGAUGCUGUCUCCUCAUCCAUUCUACUUCGUUGUGAAUCGUCUGCCUCCCUCACCUUUCAUCACAGACGCGAAGCAGACACAUCAGGCUCUACAGAAGCACCGAGUAGCUUGGCGAGCCUGGAGACAGAAGAACCAAGAUGCCACGCUCGAAUUGUAAUGUCAUGGCUAAGGAACCAAGCACUAACCUGGAAAGCGCCAUGCAGAUGCUCAUCAAGACUUUUCACAAGUACUCGGGGAAGGAAGGAGACAAGUACACGCUCAGCCGAGGGGAGCUGAGAGAACUACUGACAGAGGAACUGGGAAACUAUCUAGGGAGCGCACAAGAUAAAGACGCCGUGGAAAAAGUAAUGAACGACCUGGACGCCAACAACGAUGGCGAGGUGGACUUUACCGAGUUCAUUAUACUUAUGGGCGCUCUCACCGUGGCCUGUAAUGAUUUCUUCCUCGACAGUCCACCACCCAAGAAUAAGCCUGACCUCAAGUCAGACUCAAACGAUGGACAGAAGACUGAGUAGCAGGGGGACAAGAAUGAGGAGAGAAAGAGUAAUAUGGUAAAUGAAGUCGUCAGUGAGUUUUGUGUAAACAGGAGUUACAGUUUCAGUUCCUUGUGGUUCGGGAGAAGAUCCCUUUAUUUUUAGUUAUUAAUUACUUUAAGUUUUCACAGUUUCAAGCUUGUCAUUAUGCUUUACCCUGAAGACUUAAACAUGCUCAGUAAUGCCAGAAACAGGUUUGCAUAAAAGCCUGUUUGUAGAUCAAAGAAAAUGAUCCAUAUGGUUUUAGAAAUACUGGCUUUGCAUUUAAAGGUACACACUGUGAUUUUAGAGUAUGGCUUUCUGUCCUUUUAAUUUGUGCUAGACUUACAUAUGAAAUACGCCUCCUUCUAAAUUAUAAGAUGGUUCUAUCAUAUGACGAAAUUUGCAUGCGCCAGCUAAUUGUAAAAUAACAGUUAUGGCUGGUGUGAAUGCCCAGGUUAGUAGUAGCUGAUUUCCAAUGAAAUAGUUUUCAUGUAUUAUAACCCCAUAUAUGUUACAUUCAUACAAAGUGUUUUUGAGGUAAACAAUAUUGCUAUAAAAUCACAAAGUGUGGCUUUAAAGUUUAUUUAAUUACAGGUUCUUGUGUGAAUGAUGGUCAUACAUACAGUUUCAACAAUAUUAUUAUGCUUGGUUGUUUCAUGGCACCUAUUUUUAGCGCUAAUAAGUGCUAAUAUGUAUCUUCA